CUGACUGAUGGGUUCACAACAGCGUGUUUCCGAUCUGUCAGUCCAUGUAAGUGUCUUCUCGGUAUAUAACUCUUCCCAUAUUGUUGGAUUCGACUUCACAAAGGCCCCUUCUUCUCUUCGUUUUGGCUGGCCAUUUGACUUUUCCUCGAGUCGUUCCUUUCAUUCAAAUUGGUCCCCGAGUCAUUUUAUAUCCAAUUCUUCUCUUCUCGACUCGCCGGACAUUUAUUUCUUUUCCUCCUCUGCUUGCCAUCAAACAUAUAAUCUUGCGACACCAUGUUUCUUCGUGUUUUAUCUGUUUUCAAAGCUCUCAGAGCCUUUAUUUUUGCUAUCUGCAUGACGCUCAGCAUAGGAUGUGCUACGAUUCUCUCUAUUUUUCUUCUUCGUCAAUGGAGCGAUUUUGAUCUCGUUAGUCGGAUAAUCGUGGUUAUACUCACCGUUGUUCAUUCCCUCGGAGGAAUUCUCCUUUAUCUCAUGAUCGUUGUUCAAUUCAAAGUUUGGUUGGAUGCUGCUCGCGUCUCUGUCUACCUUGCAUUCGUUCUAUGUGGCGGUUUACUCCUCAUUACUGGUCGUGCAAGUCUUCCAUGCUCUGGCUCUGGUAUCGGAAACACCUGUAGUCAGUCCACGCUGUCCGUUGCGAUAGCUAGUUUCGCCACUCUUCGCGAAAGCACCCUCGGAUAUUAAUGAAGAAGGCCUAACGACCGUCAAUUCAAGAACUAGUUUGAUUACAUCCGCAGAUAAAUUAGAAGCUCGGAGUUUUUCGAAGUACGAUUACCACUCUAAUCAUACUCCUGUGGAUGGACAUGUACAUGGUUUAU